GGCGUUGCUCUGGGCGACGGCGCCGCUGCUGUCAUUGGCGGCUCCGUGCGCAGGCGCCGUCGCUGCGCGGGGUCAGCAUGGCGGCGCCGGCCGGCAGGAGCGUGGUGUUCGUGACCGGUAACGCCAAGAAGCUGGAGGAGGUCGUCCAGAUCCUCGGCGACGCGUUUCCGCACAAGCUGGUCGCCAAGAAAAUAGACCUGCCGGAGUACCAGGGGGAGCCGGACGAGAUCUCCGUGCAGAAGUGCCGGGAGGCUGCGCGCCAGGUUCGAGGCCCUGUUAUAGUGGAGGAUACCUGCUUGUGCUUCAAUGCCCUGGGAGGACUUCCAGGACCGUACAUAAAAUGGUUCCUGGAAAAACUCAAACCAGAAGGUCUGUACAAACUGCUAGCCGGUUUUGAAGACAAAUCUGCCUAUGCUCUCUGUACCUUUGCAUUCAGUCCUGGAAACCCAGAGGAGCCAGUGAAGCUGUUCAAAGGCCAAACACAUGGACUGAUAGUUGAGCCCAGAGGCCCUAGAGACUUUGGCUGGGAUCCCUGCUUUCAGCCUGAUGGCUAUGACCAGACCUACGCCGAGCUGCCCAAGGCCGUGAAGAACUCGAUCUCGCACCGUUACAGAGCGCUGAGCGAGCUCUCCACCUUCUUCCUCCAGAGCAACUCGACAGACGGCCCCUCCGCUCCAAGUUAGCAUCCUGCUGUCUGCGGGCACUGGGUGUUGUACAUUUCCCAUGCAAGGCUGUAAGAGCUCUUUCCAGCUGCGUCCUUAGAUUAAAGCUGCUCAUUCUGAGGCCACAAAUACA